UCAUGAUGAUGCUGUCACGGGUGUGGGCUGCUGGACUUGGGCUCGUGUUUACGGCUAGUGUUGUUGUUGUAUGUAGCGCCGGUGUUUGGAAGGUAGGCAUUGGCGUCGUAUCGGGCCUUGUAUUGGCGUGCCGAGGUGGUAGAUGGGUGGUAUAAUGGGUGGAAGUGGGCGUUGCAGACACGACAAGUGCCGGAAUGGCCUCGAAUACUUAACACCGCGCCCCUUUCCCACCCCGUCAGCAGCCGGCUCCCCCAAGCUCUCUCUCUCUCCUCCUACCUACCUAGGUAACGAAGACGAUUCUCUCGAAGCCCAGCUUGCCGGAAGUUCUAGAACCGCCCGUUCGACUGCGUGGUGGAACACAGCAUUUGUCCCGGCCCCGCUCUCAUCCACAGCGUCAGUUGUGUAUUGCGUGUGGUGUCUGUCCUAUCGACCACUACCUCGAGCGAAUCCAGUCGGCGUCGUCUUCUCAUGCCUAUUGUCUGAAUUGCUGUUGUUGUUGUCACUAGUAUUUGGAUAUUAAUUGUUUUUUCUUGAUGUUUAUUGUUAUUAUUCACCCCCCCCCCCCCCCCCAAUAGUUAAUAGGUAACGCAACACACACAAUUACUAUAUAUCCACCUGUCGAAUCAAAAGGACCGGGACCGACCCCUCGCGUUGCUGCUGGCCUCUGACGCGCGCGCCUCAGCCACUGUUCCGCCUCUCUUCUCUUCCGAAAUUCCCCAUCGCCUACAUCGACCCGUUCAGAAUCCGGUUU